UCCGGGACAGGAGGAAUGGCUGCGCCCAGGCUGCGGCGUGCGACACAAAGGCUCUUUGCGAUGUCGGCGGUGCGGGGGCGCCUGAGGCGAGUUUAUAGCACGUCUCACGCCUUUGCUGAGGUGCUACAGCUGCCGAAGAAGCAGAUGACGAAGCUGCUGUAUCCGCUGCAGGAACUCGAGCAGUACCUCGCCCCGGACUCGAGGUCCGACCUUCACCUGAGGAUCUUCGACCCGAGCCUGGAGACCAUCGCGAGGGCGGACACCAUCUUUACCGCCACCGCCCGGAACCGCAUCGAUUACCUCAGCUCAGCGGUCCGUCUCGACCACGCCCCCGACCUCCCCUGGCCUGAGGUAUGUUUUAUAGGCAGAAGCAAUGUUGGAAAAUCCUCUCUAAUAAAGGCUUUAUUUUCACUGGCCCCUGAGGUUGAAGUCAGAGUCUCCAAAAAACCGGGACACACAAAGAAAAUGAAUUUUUUCAGAGUUGGAAAAUAUUUUACAUUGGUGGACAUGCCAGGUUAUGGCUAUAGAUCACCUAAAGAUUUUGUUGACAUGGUAGAGGCCUAUCUGAAAGAACGAACGAAUUUGAAGAGAACAUUUUUAUUAGUGGACAGUGUUGUCGGAAUUCAAAAAACAGACAAUAUUGCCAUAGAAAUGUGUGAAGAAUUUGCAUUACCUUACGUGAUGGUAUUAACAAAAAUUGACAAAUCUUCCAAGGGACAUCUUUUAAAACAAGUGCUUCAGAUACAGAAAUUUGUUAACACACAAACACAAGGAUGUUUUCCUCAAUUAUUUCCUAUAAGUGCUGUGACAUAUUCUGGAAUCCAUCUAUUGAGAUGCUUCAUAGCAAAUAUAACAGGAAAUCUUAACUAAUGGGGCUCCUAGUUUAGCCAAAGA